AUGAAUUUUCAAUAUGCACACACAAUCCGAGAUUUACCCGCCAAAAACCUCGAAGUCACGGAGUUCUUUGGCCCCAAAAUUCUGAGCGGGGAAAAAAGGGAACGACAAGUAUCCACGACCCUAGAGGUCAACCCUAAAGUGGGUACCGGCGGCAUCAACAUUGAAGGGGGUGGCUGGUCCCAAAGAUCAGAUACAAGCUAUGCAUCACGGUGGAAAUUCACCGGGUCGCGUUUUGUCGCAGAGCCUUCCUCGCCUCGCGAUGCGUUGCAUUCUCGAAGCAGCCAAUACCAGCAACUCGUAUGGCAUUUGGACGAGAAUGAGCUGGAUAACCAGGCCAUCCACCACUCGACUGUGCAUUCCGCCGUUGCAUUUUAUCAUGACUCCGAACCGUUUUUCCUCGACCUUCAAAUAGAAGUCAAGUUGCAUCGGUGGCACCAUCGACUUAAGCAGCGGUUGAUCUAUCCGCCACGCAGCCGAAAGGCAUACACCAGAGCCUCAAUCCACGCUACAUCCAAUAUAGAUCCAGAUCCAAACUUUGCAGAACUCGUCAGCAACCUCGAUCAUGCCAUGAUAGACAUGAAUUUGCACCCCGUAGUGGAGGUGCCGGGCCCAACACCUAAACUAGUUGAUGCUUCCUAUGAAGACAAGGAGAAUGACACAGAAACGAAUGCCAGAUGCCUCCCUAAUGAGAGUCUUAUCGCGUUAGUAGGGCAACUCACUGGUCAGGGUACACCCACUUUUGGAGAAACGAAACCCACAUCGUUCAUGGAUAGUUCGACCUCUACGCUCGUCGAGUCGAAUACUACAAAAGAGCCAGAAGAACAAGCCAGCUCAGAUACUACUAUCGUCGAGUCUGAGGAUAGUCUUACUUUUGCUCCCCCGAGCCAACAGGAUGGUUUCAAUGCAAUACAGAAAAUUGUACUACGUGCAGUUAUCUCUGUUUUAUGUCGGGGAUCGCGGCUCUUAGCCACAGUAAUUGCGUCGGUUAUUCUUGGACUGAAUGGAUUACAUUCGGUUCUUGUUCGACUGGGAAAGUGA